AAAUGAAUAUUCUGUAGGUCCAAUAAAAACAUUACAAUUUAACCAAAAUUUAAACGUCAAAAAGAUUACGUACAUUUCGAAAAUUUUUCGUUUAAUAAUGGAAUUCUGCAAAUAAAAUGCAAUAUGGCUUUUAGUAAAAUUAUAACUUUGGGCGAACUAUGCACUAUAAAACCGGUGUUUUUAAGUAGACAAAACUCUAAAAAUUUCCUACAAAGAUCUUUCAGAAAUCUGCGAAAUAAUAGAAAAAAUGUCGAAUCGAAUACUGAUGUAAAUGCAAAUAGCCUUGCAACUCCUUUUCAAUCAACUAAUUUUGAUCCAUCCAAGUUGAAAAUUAACAAUAUCUGGAAACCUUUAGGUUUCACGGUUGUGUUUAGUACUGCUUGUUAUGGAGGUGCAGCUAUUUGGGAAUAUGAGAAUAUGAGAGCUCAUGCAGCUUCUAUGCUAAAAAGACCUCUUUCUCUAUUCAGAAGAAGAAAUGAAGACAGAUCAUUUCAGCAUCCAUAUAUUAAAGAAAUAACAAAAUGGUGGAACAGUUUAAGUGGUGGAGAAAAAGUAUUUGUUCCAAUAUGUUUCUUGAAUAUAUUGGUAUUUGCAGCAUGGAGAAUACCAAGAUUUCAGCCUUUCAUGUUGAAAUGGUUCUGUUCAAACCCUGGUGGUAGCCACGUUUGUUUACCUAUGUUAUUAUCAACAUUUAGCCACUAUUCAACUUUACAUCUUUUAGCUAAUAUGUAUGUCCUACAUAGUUUCAGCACAGGAGCUGCCCAAGGCUUAGGAAAAGAACAAUUUUUGGGUUUAUACCUCAGUGCAGGUGUUUUCUCUAGUUUGACCAGUCACUUUUAUAAAAUGGUUACAAAGCAACCUGGAUUAUCUUUGGGUGCUUCUGGUGCUAUAAUGGGUAUAUUGGGCUACGUUUGUACACAAUAUCCAGAUACAAGAUUAGGCAUAAUACUUAUCCCUAUGUUCACUUUUUCUGCUGGAACAGCUAUCAAGUUUAUAAUGGGAUUAGAUACUGCUGGUGUACUUCUGGGGUGGAAAUUUUUUGAUCAUGCGGCACAUUUAGGAGGAGCUGCUUUUGGAAUGUUUUGGGCCCUUUAUGGACAUCAACAUUUGUGGCAAAAACGGGAACCAUUUCUCCAAUUAUGGCAUUCAGCAAGAGGAGCUGUCAAGUAGUGUUGAAAACAUUUUAUAUAUUAUAUUUUGAUUUUAUUGAAUGAAUAAAGUGACAAUUGAUUAAA